UUAAACAGUGCGGACUUGACGCAGCUGGUCCAGUUGACUCGCUGCAGCCUCAGCUCCGCUCGGAGUGUCGGAGGUCUCGUGCGGACUAACGGAGGGUCGAACCGGACGCAAGGGGACCCCGGGUGUUCCGCGGACUUGAGAGAAGACUUGUUCGACACACAGGCCGAUGAAGAUGAUGUCGGAGAAUCUGGAGCAGAGUGAUGAUGUCAGCGUCCUGCCCCCCCAUGAGGUUGAGCCCCCCAGGGAGGAGGAUGGACACUGCCCCCUACCCUUCAGACUGCAGCUGAUCGACGACCUCUCCUAUGAAGACGUGAAGAAGUGUUACAGAGGAUCAACUGUCAGCAAAUACAACUCUCAGUACCACAAACUGUUCCAGAUUGUUCCUAAAGAGGAGAUCCUGAUGAAAGUGUAUUCGUGUGCGCUGUUGAGAGACAUCCUGCUGCAGGGUCGACUCUACAUCUCCAGGAACUGGCUGUGUUUCUAUGCUAACCUGUUUGGUAAAGACAUCAAGGUGUGUAUACCUGUGGUGUCCGUGCGGCUGGUGAAGAAACACAGGACUGCGGGUUUGGUGCCGAACGGGCUGGCUAUCACCAUGGACACGGGACAGAAGUACGUGUUUGUGUCACUGCUGUCCAGAGACAGCGUGUACGACGUCCUGCGGAGGAUCUGCACACACCUGCAGGUGAACGGGAAGAGUCUGAGUCUGAAGCAGUACCUGGAGGAGCCCAGCUCUCUCUCUAUGGAUGAGUUUCCAGAGGUGUUGAAGUGGAGGAGGAAACCGUCGCUCCCCGCCGUGUCCUCGUCCCUCCCGGACCUGCUGGGAAACUCCACCCCCAGCCUCGUCGCAGACACAACCUUCAGCACACACACGCUCACAGACAGCAGUUUGGAGACGGAGAAGAUCCUGCUGACAGAACCAGUGCCUGAACUGGGACAGAUGGAGUACCAGCUGCUGAAACUCUUCGUCCUGCUGGUCUUCCUGUUGGUCCUGUCGUCCUGCUACCUGGCCUUCAGAGUUUGCCGUCUGGAGCAGCAGCUGAGCUUCCUGAGCAGCCAGCCGACACUCAGAGAGAGGUGUGGUGAGGUGCCCUGCUGGCUGGCCAAUCAGAGGACAGGAACCUGACACUGAAGCCAAUCAGGGAGUAAAGAAGAAGAAACUUGCACUUACAUAGACUUACCACUAGGUGGCCGGCAGUGAGAGGAGACGGCUCUCCGGAACAGCCAGACCACCGUGACCGCAGCAGCCGAACUCUGACCCUGAAGAGACCCGGUUACCAUAGUGACGUCACUUUAGACAAAAACAGUAGGGUGACCUUUGACCUCUGAGGACAGCAUGUUUGAGAGGGCAUGCAGAGGUCACAUAGAAGUCGGGAGGCCGGAGAAAACGACGGGAUGUAACAUAAACAAGAUGUACAUUUUUACUCUGUGUGAGUGUGUGUGCGCACCCUUUUGUGUGUGUGUGCGCAGACCUUAUUCAUCCAGAUUUCUACUAACACACAGACACCUGUCAGGUCCAUGUAAAGUUCAGUUCAGGUUAAACAUGCAGUAAUUCAGACCCGGGCUUUCACGAAACCAGACGUUGAACUUCUGUAUAAUUCUAGUAAAAACUAAAACGAUAGUGAAACCUGUUUUGAUACCAUGGCAACAAAAACAUGACUCCUAGGCAACCAAGUAUUUGAUUGUUUCAUGUUUUGAAUAAUCAAAACUCAUGCAGUUUGUCUGAAUUGUCCAAGAACUUUGGUAUCAUUUGGACAUGCAUAGUUUUUGCUACUCCUGGGGGUGCUGGUGUCCUAGUAGUUGGUGCGUGUGCCAGUUGUGCAGAGGCUGUGGUCCUCGGGGCGGGGCAGCCCGGGUUCAGGUCUGCCCUGUCCAUGCUCUCUCUCUGUCCCUGAUUUACAGCUCUGUCCACUGUCAUGUCUCUCUAGAGAAGGCACAGGAAGCCAAAACAAAAAAUCUUAAGGUCACACAUUCUGUAAAAUACACUCCAACAUGUUGUUCUAACAUUAAUAUGUGUCUCUAGUCUGUCUACAAACCCCCCAAUGAUGAGAAAAGUCUAUUUUUGUUGCUGUGGUAUCGAAAAAGGUAUCGAUAGGGAGGUGCCAGAUAUCCUACUAGCGUAGAAUCAGAGUUUAAAAUUCUGGUAGCCUACGUUGACCAGCACGUUGGAUGUAAUGAAUAAGUGGUUGCAGUUUGGUGGACCUGCGUUAUAACUCUUAUUUUAAUCCAGAAUGUUUUUGAAAUCACGACUCAGGACUCUCCUGGACAAUAUAAACAUCCAAACGUUAAUAUUUCCAAUGAUUCAGGAUAAUAAUGCUGGAUUAGCUACGACAGGAACUGUUAUCUGUUCAUUUAAAACAUCACUAAAACAAACCUUUGUAUCUUAGUGAUUUUAUAUCAUUUCAAACUCUCAAUUAGCGUUCAAAAUACCCCUCAUUAGAUCCCGCUCAUAGACCUAGCAUGGUUACUUAGCCAACAAGCUAAACGUUGGACCCAUUUUCUGUAAACUUUUGUACUUUUGUAUUUUAAACGUUUUUUCAUUUUUAAACAUUACUGAAUGAACGUUAGUCUUUUUUAUGAUUACUUGAAUAUGAGCCUAAACAAUUUAAUUUCAUCAUACGAUUACAUUCAAUAAGCAUCAGGAUUUAGCUAACAGCUAAUAAGAUAAUGAUCGAUUUGAACCGUUAACUGACGAGUGAGACAUUGUACGCUAACAGAAUUAGUGAUCUGAAAAGAUCACUUUGGACCAUGAAUCAACAGUUUUAACAUUUCAACGUUGUCCAGCAUAAUAAUGGUUAAACUGGCCAUACAUUUAUGAAGGCUAGCUAGCAGCGUAACAUCAUAACUUAGCUAACAGCUAAGUAGGCAACUGUCUCUCUUUAAAACAAACAUUAAACUAGCUAUUGACUCAUUGUUAAGCUAGCAUCAUAACUUAGCUAACAGCUAAGUGGAUAACUGCUCCUCUUUGUUGUAUGUAAUGAUCAUUUUCAACCAUGAUUGACUAGUAUGAAAUUGUUCCAAUUAGUAAAACAUGUUUUAAUAGAAAGAUUGCUAGCAAAGUUAGCAGUGAGCUAAGUAACCCUAUUUGAACAGCCAUUGAGCUAGCACCAUUUAGCUAACUGUUUCUUUCAAUUGAAAAUACAAAAGUUUGAAUUUCAAAGAUAAAUUUGAGUCAUAAAUUGACAUUUAACUUUUUGAUAUUUGGCAAAAUGUGCUUGCAUAGUAAGCAUAGAAGUCGCCAUUGACUCAUUACAUUACAAUAUAGCAUCAUCAUUGCUAAGCUAACUUCAGACAGUGCCUGGUUGAAGCGUCUACAUUGAAUGUUUUGGUGACUUAAAGACUGAAGGAAAGUCUCCUACAACUCCCAGAAACACCCCCCUGAAUAAAUCAGAUAAAUUGUCUUUGGCUGCCUUAAACUUGAAAUGUAACGUCUGAUGUUUUUAUUUUUGUUUCAUGUGAAUGAGUCAAGUCAUUUCCUGCUGAGGAUUGAAUGUUUCUGUUAGAGAGUUAAUCUGUAACUUCCCCUACAUGUGAAACUGACUGAAGAUUUUCUGUGGAGAGAGAAAAAACAAUGUCUGUGCCAAAUCUGUGAAAUGAGAGUAAAAUCAUAGUGUACAGUCUGACGUAAAGAGUUUGUCUUUGAAGCACUUACAAGUUGGAAAAAGACGGAAGUGGAGGAGUUUUGUGAAGGACGAGGAGUUUGGACUUGGUCCUGUUUGAAUGUUUGUGAAGAAAUAAAGCAGAGUUUAUUUUUUAAUCUCAUGUUGUAGACGUGACUGUGACACAAACAUCUCUAAUAAACACAUUCCAAUCUCC